UGCUGGAAAAUGAAUAUUUCUGAUUUACGGUGUUAUUAUUUCAGUGUACGAUGUUAGAUGAUUAUUUUUUAAUGUAUUUAGGCCUAAAUAUAAUGUAUAAAUUACAUAAGACUUAAUAUAUUGCCAGAACUUAUUUUUUUAUAUUGCUAAAGAAAGGGCGUGUGGUCGUGACAUCAGCGAGAGAGGAGGUGUGACGUGAGACUCUCCAGCUGAUGGGCUGGGAGUAGUUCCGCGCGAGCAACGAGACGGAGCACGUCGGCAGGCUGCCGCCUCUAAUUUACAAAGCUUUGGAAUUUUAUGUUUAAGCAAAUAUGGUUUCACAAGUGUUGAAAGUAACACUGAGUGUGUAUAAUCCACGCGAAUGUGUGUGAAACGGUAAACGGGGAAGCUGCCACCCUCAUAACUACCUGUCAUAUGCAGUUCAUUGGCAUGCCGUUGCAUGUGUGUGUAUUAAGAUGUGAUUUUAUAAGAGACACCUUAGGAUUAUAUGACUAAGCUAGUCAUAAUCAGAUUUGGAUGCUCUGCAGGAUACAAGGGCGCUGCCGCUGCCGUCAGGCGGUCCGCAGGUGCUGCCGGUGUCGCCGGGGCCACCUGGUGUCCGGUGCGGCUCACCGACGACCCGGUGCGGCUCGCCGACGACCCGGUGCGGGCCGCUGACGGGUCGGGUGAGAGGCGCCCUUCCGUCCUCACUGGGCGCGCCGGUGUUUCAGCGGGCACCGCAGGGGCCGCCGGUGUCUCCGAGCCACAUGGUGUCCGGUGGGGCUCGCCGACGACCCAGUGCGGGCUGCUGACGGAUCGAGUGAGCGGCACCCGUCCGUCCUGACGGGGCGUGCAUGACCAACAAAAAUAGGUACAUUUUCAAAAGUGUUACCUUACAUUAAAACCUCUUUAGGGCUCAUAACCGGUAUUGGCCCCUAAUGAGCUACAUACCAAAUGAAAGCUGUAACCUUCCUUAACAACAUGUACAUUUCAGAAUUUCUGUCUGCCCCAACACUUUUAAUGCCGACGGACAGCAACCAGUUCACGUGCACUGUCUUCCUUGCAUGCUAAUGCUCCGCGUUCCGAUUACAGGUCAACGCACCCCACGCCAAGUCUCCACCCAGAUGUGACGAGCGGGGUAACCUUGGUGCAUUGAGGGAGUUUCCCCCACCCCCCCCCCCCCCGCACAAAAAUCCUUGAGGCAGUUCUGAUCAGCUCGCGACCCAGAGUGGACAUGCGCGUACCGUGGGGAUCCUUCAAGUUUUGUCUCUCUGAUUCCUCACAACUGGUAACUAUAGUCCUCAACAAAUACCUUUUUCAAUGCAACUCCCCACGCGACACCGGGUCGGGUUUUUUUUCUACAGUGCAGGUAUUAACCCGGCCAACGCUACUUUCCAAGUCAAGCCACCAAGUCUAGGGGACACGCUGGGGCCUAUCGACUUACUCACGGUUAGACAACAGAGCUAGCCUGGCGGCAUCCCGGAAAACACCCCAAUUUUCACAUACAGCUCCUAAGUCUCGCCGCGGGAAUCGCACCUUAAACCCCGGCUGUUGGCAAAUGGCGACCCUGCGUGUGGCAAAUAGUGCAAAAUAAAUUAGCAAGAGAAACACCCGUUAAGCAAAACCGGACAGAUAACAAACAACGAGAAGUCUCAAAACAGAAUUCUUCAAGCCAUUCCCAACUUAGACGAAAAGCGGGCACGAAACUGCCAUUUUGCUGGCGAGAACAGUUCAGGUUCAGACAGGAUGGCAUGUCGAGGUGAGAGGACAUAGGAGAUUCUGCCCACCCUCCUACAUCACCCUGCUUCCUGAACUUUGCGACACGGGAGCGCGACGCCACAGCCAGGACAUCCCUUCCCCUCAACAACUAUUUUUCACCUAUGCUUUGUGCGGCUGUCCAGGCGCUCUCGGCCGUCGCUUCGCACACCCAUCCGCAUCCCCUCCGCGC